CGCCACUCAGCGCAAGGCCCUCGAUAAUCUUCUCUAUGAGGUCAGAGUCUUUCGUGAGCAGUGCGCUGGCCUGAUCCCUGACAUCGACUGGGGCGCCGGCCUUUGCUCCGCCGCCACUUCCUACGACGGCGAGGAGGUGUUCCCUGCCGAGCCCCUUGACCGUGAUCGUUUGCUCGAAGCCCUGCCUCCUCGAGAGGCGCGCGCUGCCGCGAGGGCCGUUGAUGCGACAGAGGGUUGGAUCAGAGCUGCCCUCUCCGAUCCAGGUUUGAUCCUGAAGGACGAGUCGGAGCUUGGCAGCUUGCCCCCCGCUCCGAAGGUCUGGGCCCCGAACGAGGAAUGGGGGCUUAUCGCUGGCGACCUACUCGAGAGGGGGAUUCUCAAGACGAUUGAGUACGAGGACAUCGUGGAGGUUCAAGGGCGAAAGUUGACGGGGGGCAUGUUCGGCGUGAAGAAGGGAUCCCACUUGAAGGGCGAGGGGCCGCAGCGGCUGGUGAUGAACAUCAUCCCCUCCAACUUCAUCCAGAAUAUUAUCGAGGGCGACAUGCCGAUGCUGCCCCACAGCGACAAGUGGAGGAGCGCGAUCCUCAGCGCAUCCAUCGUCGCCUUCUUCGAGCCCGACAUCCUGAGCUACGUCAACUCUCGGCGUCGGAGGAGCUGCGCAAGGACGCUCCUAUUCCUCCUGCUCGCCGAGGUGGCUCUCGCAUCUCAGGAGUGGCUCCUGUCCGUGGUGAGGAGGCGGGCCAUCGAGCUAUUCGCAGAGCACCUGGAGAAGUCGCCCGACCUUCUGGCCGACUUAUCUUCUCUGAGUGGUGUCCGGCUGCUUUGCCGCUGCAAGGAGCACCAGGCCUGCCACGGCGAUGUUCUGAUCGCGAAGUGGUUGGAGCGCUUCAACACGCCAGCCCUCUGGAGGGCCUGGCAGGUGCACAUCGACAACUUGGACGUGCUGGAGAUCACCGACUGGUGGCACGCCAAGUCCCUGCAGGAGGAGGGGAUCAGCGAGGCGGUCGACCUGGCCCGUCGGAGGUAUGAGCACUUCAACGUGCCAAGAAGCGAGAACAAGGCCGUCAUCCGCGAGACCACGACGCAGUCCCUCGGGGAGGCGAUCGAUGGGGAGCGCGGCACCAUCGGGCCGCCCGCAGAGUUCGUGCGACGGCUGAUCUCCCUCACCCUGGCGACGCUGCAAAGGCCCACAGUGAUUCAGAAGUGGAUGCAGAUCCUGGCGGGCCGAUUGGUUCGGUGCCUCCUGUUCAGGCGCGAGGCGAUGAUGUGCUUCACUCACUUGUGGCGAUUCUUGGUGAAGUUGCGUGGUGAUGCGAAGGUGCCGCGUAAGGUACGCGAGGAGCUGGUGUCGGCCUUAACGUUGCUCCCUUUACUUCGCUGUGACCUGCGCGUGCCGAUCAGCGGGCUGGUGACGGUCUCGGAUGCCAGCAUGCAGCGUGGAGCCGCGUGUCGAGCUGUUCGCAUUCGGCCUGAUGGAGUGGCCGCUGCGAGAGCGGCCUGCCGAAGGCUGGUGACUGACUUCCGCGACGAGGUGGUGCUCCUGUCCUUGUUCGACGGCAUUGGUGGGGCUCGCUGCGCCCUGGACCUGUUGGGGCUCACUCCCGCGCUGUUCGUGUCCGCCGAGAUCGACGCCGAGGCGAAGCGAGUGACCAAGUAUGCAUGGCCGGACGUGCUGGAAGUCGGCGACGUCUGCUCCUUUGGGUUCGCCGAGGCGGUGGCCAUCCGUGAACGAGUUCCGCAUGUGAAAUGGGUACUAGUAGUGGCCGGUAGCCCUUGCAGCGACCUGUCCCGCAUCAACGCUGAGCGCACUGGCCUUCAAGGGAGACGGUCACGCCUGUUCUACGAGAUAAGCCGCACUGUGUCUCUUCUGCGCGAGGCGCUGGGUGAUUUCUGCACGGUGCUGUCCCUGGUUGAGAAUGUGUCCUCAAUGGAUUCGGAACCGCGACAGUUGAUGUCACAUUCCCUGGAAUGCGAACCUGUGUGCAUCUCAGCGGGUGAUGUCACGCGCUGCCAGCGUGAUCGCUUGUAUUGGAUCAAGGAGGAGCUGUUCACGCCGUGGCAGGGCGAGUCGUUUGUCAUGGACUCGGUGAAGCACCUCGUGAUCCCGGACGGGCCCGGUCUCGACAAGUGUGCAAGUCAUGAAGUCGAGCGUUGGCGCAGGUUCAACUACUGCUACGCGCCCUUCCAGUUCCAGGACAUCAACUGCAUCGAGGAGCCUGACGGCAGCCGAAGGCCCCCCUCGAGGGUCGAGAGAGAGCUGCUGCUCGACUUCCUUCCAGGGCACACGAUCACGGCACGAGUGACCAGAGCGCGCAAGCUUGAGAAAGCUGAUCUGGAGUGUUGCCGGUGCGCUCUGCUUGGGAACAGCUUUCAGUGUGUGGUUGUCGCCUGGGUGCUGGCCCACUGGGCUCAGAGAGCAGGCUACCUGACCGAGAUCCCCUCCGUCAGGCAGAUGCGUGAGACUGGAGGUGGCGCCGCCAUCGCCGAUGCCACAGUCAGCAUGGACCAGAUGGAUUGCGACGACGGUGUCUUGGUGCGCCAGCACGAUCUCGAGAGUGAGGAUGCCGCGCUGGACCCCAGCAUCAUCAUCGUGGAAGAGCUGGCCCGCCGUGCCGAGGCCAGAGGCAGCGACAUCAGGCUUGACGCGUUCGUGGCGACGCGGCCUGAUCUGUGGCCCAGGCGACCAGUCAGUGUGGCACGCUGGUCAUGGAAGGCCACCGCCAUCUGGGACUGGAAGCACCCGUCCCACAUCACGGACCUUGAGGUCGAGUUCAACACAGAGUCAGCGCAGCGCAGGAUCAGGCUAC